AUGCCCACAGACUUUGACAAACGAGCAUACUGGCAUCACCGUUUCUCCACCGAAACCUCUUUCGAAUGGCUACUCAGUUCCACCGAAUUCAUCGCCAUCCUCAAGCCUCUUCUUGCAAUUCUUGAACCCUCAUCGACUCGUAUCCUCCAUCUUGGUUCCGGGACUAGCGACUUGCAAAAUCACCUUCGGCAACUCGACUUUCUAGACGUCACAAAUGUUGAUUAUGAGCCCUUAGCAGUGGAACGUGGACGACAGCUAGAGCAGCAAGUCUUUGGUGAUGUGAAGAUGAAGUACGCAGUAGCAGACGCCACAAAAUCACUACCACUCCCAAACGGAAGCAAUGCUCAAAGUCCACACAACGACAACAAAUUCGACCUUGUCGUCGACAAGAGCACCGCAGAUGCCGUUUCAUGUGGCGGAGACGAACAGGUUCGUCGCAUGGCUCACUGCGUAAGGGAAUGUCUCGCAGAUCACGCCGUUUGGGUUUCAAUGAGUUACUCUGCGUCACGAUUUGACAUUGGCGAGCUGCCUUUUGAUGUUGAAGUUUUGGCCAAGGUUCCGACGCCGAAAAAUAAUGCGACGGAUCCGGAUAUAUUUCACUGGUGUUACCUGCUGCGGCCGAAAUAG